AAUCCCGUUCUCACACUGUCUGUGCGUGAUUUGCGUGAGGUGUGUGUGCCCACCGCCCACUCCCUUAUAAAGUAAAACAUCCCGCGGCGCCCCCUAAAAAAUGUCAUUCCCUGUACCCAAGGCUGUGCGACUGAGGGUACUACUGACGUCAUACGAGAGAGACAGGCACUGAUUGCCUCACAAGCUCUUCAGUCCAUCUGGCGGGCUCUGGGACCGCUCCUCCAUCCUGUCUCCCACCGUGGCUCCGCCCCUCACACUCCUCCCUGUUCUCGCGCUGCUGCCGUCGCUGUCGUGCCGUGUGAGUGUCCCAGCGCGCUCAGCAUGGAGUACGAGUGGAAGCCGGAUGAACAGGGCCUCCAGCAGAUACUGCAGCUUCUUAAAGAGUCCCAGUCCCCGGACAAUAACACGCAGCGAGCGGUGCAACAAAAAUUGGAGCAGCUGAACCAGUUUCCAGACUUCAACAACUAUCUCAUUUUUGUUCUCACUAAGUUGAAAUCAGAAGAUGAACCAACACGAUCGCUAAGUGGCCUGAUAUUAAAAAAUAAUGUGAAGGCACAUUUCCAGAACUUCCCCAAUGGGGUGACUGACUUUAUUAAAAGCGAGUGCUUAAAUAAUAUAGGCGAUUCUUCCCCUUUAAUUCGUGCCACUGUAGGAAUCUUGAUAACAACAAUUGCUUCUAAGGGAGAGCUACAGAACUGGCCUGAACUUUUGCCAAAGUUAUGUGGUCUUUUGGACUCUGAAGAUUACAACACAUGUGAGGGAGCCUUUGGUGCUCUUCAGAAAAUUUGUGAAGAUUCUGCUGAAAUUCUAGACAGUGAUGUUCUGGAAAGGCCAUUAAAUGUCAUGAUUCCAAAGUUUCUGCAAUUUUUCAAGCACAGCAGUCCUAAAAUAAGGUCUCAUGCUGUAGCCUGUGUCAAUCAGUUCAUCAUUGGAAGAACUCAAGCACUUAUGUUACAUAUUGAUUCAUUUAUAGAGAAUUUAUUUGCCUUGGCAACUGAUGAAGAAUCAGAGGUGCGCAAAAAUGUGUGCCGGGCACUGGUUAUGCUGCUUGAAGUUAGAAUGGAUCGGUUGCUUCCUCAUAUGCACAAUAUUGUGGAGUACAUGCUGCUACGGACCCAGGACCAAGAUGAAAAUGUUGCUUUGGAGGCUUGUGAAUUUUGGCUGACUUUAGCUGAACAACCAAUUUGCAAGGAUGUCCUGUCUAGACAUCUUACAAAGUUGAUACCUGUACUAGUGAAUGGAAUGAAAUAUUCGGAGAUCGAUAUUAUUUUGUUGAAGGGUGAUGUUGAAGAGGAUGAAGCCGUUCCUGAUAGCGAACAGGAUAUCCGGCCUCGUUUUCAUAGAUCGCGGACUGUGGCUCAAGCUCAUGAGGAAGAUGGGAUUGAGGAAGAUGAUGAAGAUGAUGAUGAACUUGAUGAUGAUGAGAAUAUAUCUGACUGGAAUAUAAGAAAAUGUUCUGCAGCAGCACUUGAUAUACUUGCCAAUGUGUUUUGUGAAGAACUUCUGCCACACAUUUUGCCUCUCUUGAAAGAGUUACUUUUCCACCUAGAAUGGGUAAUUAAGGAGUCUGGAAUCUUAGUUCUUGGUGCAAUUGCCGAAGGGUGUAUGCAAGGCAUGAUUCCUUAUCUCCCAGAGCUUAUCCCUCACCUCAUACAGUGCCUCGCAGAUAAAAAAGCUCUGGUACGCUCCAUCACUUGCUGGACUCUUAGUCGCUAUGCACACUGGGUAGUUAGCCAGCCCCCAGAUAUGUAUUUAAAGCCAUUAAUGACAGAGCUGCUAAAACGUAUCUUGGACAGCAACAAACGUGUACAAGAAGCUGCUUGCAGUGCCUUUGCAACUCUAGAAGAAGAGGCUUGUACCGAGCUUGUUCCAUACCUUGCCUACAUUCUUGAUACCCUAGUUUUUGCUUUCAGUAAAUACCAGCAUAAAAACUUACUUAUACUUUAUGAUGCAAUUGGAACAUUAGCAGAUUCUGUUGGACAUCAUUUAAAUAAGUCUGAGUAUAUUCAAAUGCUUAUGCCUCCUCUGAUUCAAAAGUGGAAUGUUUUGAAAGAUGAGGACAAGGAUCUUUUUCCUUUACUUGAGUGUCUCUCUUCUGUUGCCACUGCUCUUCAGUCUGGGUUUUUGCCGUACUGUGAACCCGUGUAUCAGCGUUGUGUGAACUUGGUACAAAAGACUCUUCAACAAUCAAUGUUACACAAUGCACAGCCGGAUCAGUAUGAAUCUCCAGAUAAAGACUUCAUGAUAGUGGCUCUAGAUUUAUUAAGCGGAUUAGCAGAAGGCCUCGGAGGUCAAAUUGAACAGCUGGUAGCUCGGAGCAACAUCCUUACUUUGAUGUACCAAUGCAUGCAGGAUAAAAUGCCAGAGGUACGUCAGAGUUCAUUUGCAUUGCUGGGAGAUCUGACCAAGGCAUGUUUUCAGCAUGUCAAGGCAUGUAUUGCUGAUUUUAUGCCCAUUUUAGGAACCAAUUUAAAUCCAGAGUUAAUAUCUGUUUGUAAUAAUGCAACAUGGGCCAUUGGUGAAAUAUCCAUCCAGAUGGGUAUUGAAAUGCAGCCUUAUGUACCAAUGGUAUUGCACCAACUUGUAGAAAUAAUUAAUAGACCCAACACACCAAAGACUCUCUUAGAAAAUACAGCAAUAACAAUUGGUCGUCUUGGUUACGUUUGUCCUCAAGAAGUGGCCCCCAUGCUACAGCAGUUUAUAAGACCCUGGUGCACCUCACUGAGGAACAUUAGAGACAACGAGGAAAAGGACUCUGCUUUUCGUGGAAUUUGUACAAUGAUCAGUGUUAAUCCUGGUGGUGUUGUCCAGGAUUUUAUAUUUUUCUGUGAUGCUGUCGCAUCAUGGAUUAAUCCAAAGGAAGAUCUAAGAGACAUGUUCUGUAAGAUCCUUCAUGGGUUUAAAAACCAAGUAGGGGAUGAAAACUGGAGACGUUUCUCAGACCAGUUUCCGCUUCCUCUUAAAGAACGUCUUGCAGCCUACUAUGGAGUUUAACUUAGUUGUGCUCUAGCUGCACUAUCACCAUUAGGGGUCCUUCAGUCUGGGAGACAACGGGGGAGCCUCUGCACCCAGGGAAAAUGCUACCCUUUUAAGGGGGGAUGGGCAAACCAGUAGGGAACACAGUACAAUCCCAAAGCCUACUGGGAGGGGCGGGAGGGAGGUGUUGCCGUCACUGUAUUAAGUCGAUGUUUGGAAACGUUUAAACGUCUGGAGCUUUUUGUGGGUGGAAAUAUGUCUCCUUUACAAUUCUGCACUGGAUGUGAAGAAGCAAACUAAAGAUAGAAUCGCCAAACAGCACAUUCUGAUAUAUGGGGAAUUGUACUUCGAUGAGUACCAUAUAAAUGAACUUUAGCGGGAUAAGUAAGAAAAAUUAUUUUUGCACACGUUAGAAGAAAUAUUAAGAAUGGGUAUUAUAUCAGUAAAUGGCAUUUAUUUUAAAGCAAAAGGUUGCCUAAGUGUCCGUCCCGCUGAUUGGGACUCAUUGGUGUUUGCAUGUUAAUGAAGACAUACAUAGAUGAAGUCAGCGUAAUUAGCGCAGCUUGCAGUGCGUGUUUGAGUGCAGCUACUUACAGUCUACAGUUCAGGUGCCUGUUAAGUAAAUAAAAAUCUACUGCAUAAAUUGACACCCUACAAAUGCCAAAUUAGUAUUUUAUUUUACUUUUUUUUUUUCAAGAAGGGAGAAAAUGAAUAACUCCUUUUACUUUUGUUUUUUUUUAAUUUUUUUUGAAAGAAUGAAUAUUUUCUUUUAAGGAUCACUUAUUUGUGAUGCAUUAAUUUUUCCAGAUCAUUUUGCAGCAAAAGCGAUUAUUUCUAGACCAUGGCCUUUUGCUACCUUUCAGUGUCGGGACUUCGAUAGCAUUGACCUGUAAUGUCACUCGAGUCUCCUCAUUUGGAAGCAUUGUGCAGCUCAAGAUCCUAGUGGUUAAAAGUAACUCAAUAUAGAGGGUAAGUAGCAGGCUUGCAUCACAUAGUAAACUAGGCAAACAUUUACCCAUCAAGAUUCCCAUCCUCCAAUCAAUUUAAUGUAGCCCAGAAUUCAAAUGUCUUUUAAGUUACCUUUUUUUUAAUGUCAAAAAUUAAACUAGAGCUAAAGCGCUGCCAAGUAUGAUUAGACCUGCUUGAUGUCAGAAAAGAUUUCACACACUGCUCUCAAAUAUGUGACCAGCCCCUAUGGCAGCAGUAGGGCAAAACAAAAUGCAUUUCUAGCCUUUAUCAAGAUACAAAGAUUGAUAUUGUAUUUUGUGUAACACAAUGUGGAAAGCUGGUAUAUGUGUGCAAAACCUUUGCCUCUGUGCUGUCAGUGUGAUGUGCUUUCUGCAUGGUUAUAUAAUAGUGAUUUUAUCAGAAGACUUAUGGCAUAAGAUCAGUUCAACGGAUGCAUAAAUGUUAGAUGGCACAUACUGAAACUGUAGAAAUCAAGAUAUUUCUUAUAAAGUACUGUUUAUUCCCUCUUUCAAUAUAAGUUCCUUUAAUUACUUUCAAAGCAUGAUCAUAGAGAACUUUACGUUCAUAGAUGUGCAGCAGUGUAUUGGCAAAUGUUGGUGGCCCUUUGUACCCCGAGCAAUCUUAUUAGGGGGUGCAAGUUAAAAGCUACAAGAUGAAAGUUGGGUAUGGGAUCCUAUUUUUUUUUUUUUUUUUUGUUCCUCCAUUUAAUUUGUUCAGUUUUUCUGUUGCUUUCUCCACUUGUAUUCCUGUGAAUAAACCCUUGUUAAUUUAACCUUU